ACAAUGCAAUAGAAAUAAUGGUAUCUCCUUGGCUACGGCUUUAGGAGAGCUACGCCCUGGAGGAAAAGAAGGCGAAGGAGGCUUGGCCCGGCUGAAAGGAGUCAUUGUGGGGCGGGAUGAGUGUGUGUGAAGGCGCGGUGUGACCGUGUGUGUCUUCUCAGCGGAGGAGGGAUUAGUUAAUGAGCACACACAUCACCUCCUCGUCGGGACUACUCCGCGACGUGGAAAGUAAGUGCAAAGCUUGAAUCAUGCCCCUCGUCACCCUCGCCGACUGGAAGCGCGGUCGAAAUUGGGCGAAAUUCGGAUAACAGCGAGAGAAGUUUCGAGGUCUCUCUUCCGACUACCACCACCAGCAGCAGCACCUCUGUCGCCACCCGUCUCCCCUCCGCAUUGUGCUGCCGGGAAAAUGCGUCCACGCCAGGGGCCCGCCGCGCUCCGCUGCCCCCCUCCUCACCUCUCACAUGUGCUCAAUAUGUUCAAGAAGUGAACACGGGCAAGGAAUAGACAUUUUUUUUUUUUUUUUCUUAAAACACUAGUGGAUAAUUUUAAUUUGUAGGUUGAACUGAAAAAGCAACUGUUCGCUCUAACUCAACAUGGGGAACGCAGGGAGCAUAGACCAGCAGACGGAUCUCAGGGGCCACAACAUGCCCCUAAAACUACCCAUGCCCGACCCGGGGGAACUGGAGGAAAGAUUCGCUAUCGUUUUGAACUCAAUGAAUCUUCCCCCAGACAAAGCUCGCCUGUUAAGGCAGUAUGACAACGAGAAGAAGUGGGAGCUCAUUUGCGAUCAGGAGCGAUUCCAAGUGAAAAACCCCCCUCACACAUACAUCCAAAAGCUAAGGAGUUAUCUUGACCCGGCAGUGACAAGAAAGAAAUUCCGCCGAAGAGUUCAGGAGUCCACCCAAGUCCUGAGAGAACUGGAAAUUUCAUUGCGGACCAAUCAUAUAGGGUGGGUAAGAGAGUUCCUCAAUGAAGAAAACAAAGGCCUGGAUGUGCUUGUGGAAUAUCUUUCCUUUGCACAGUAUGCUGUCACGUUUGAUGGCGACUGUGUGGAAAACAGUCCAGAGGCCCUGCUGGACAAGUCCAAACCUUGGAGUCGCUCCAUCGAGGACCUGCACGGAGGAAGUACUCUGUCGUCUCCCCUCAGCGGGAACGGCAUCACUCGGGCAGGCCGGCACUCAACAUUACGUCUCCUCUUCUGUCUGCCCGUCUUCGACAGCAGGUCAUCAAGCUCACUCAACUGUCCAAAGUGUUCUCAAAUAAGACGUUGUAACACUUUACCCAGCCGGAGGACGCUGAAGAACUCCAGGCUGGUCUGCAAGAAAGACGACGUGCAUGUCUGCAUCAUGUGCCUGCGUGCCAUCAUGAACUACCAGUAUGGCUUCAACAUGGUCAUGUCCCACCUAAAUGCUGUGAAUGAAAUUGCACUCAGUCUCAACAAUAAAAACCCAAGAACCAAAGCUCUGGUCUUGGAGCUCCUGGCGGCGGUUUGUCUCGUGAGGGGAGGCCAUGAAAUCAUCCUCGCCGCGUUUGACAACUUCAAGGAGGUUUGUGUGGAGGAGCAGCGGUUUGAGAGGCUAAUGGAGUAUUUCAAGAACGAAGACAACAACAUUGAUUUCAUGGUGGCCUGCAUGCAGUUCAUCAACAUUGUCGUGCACUCGGUGGAGGACAUGAACUUCCGGGUUCAUCUGCAGUACGACUUCACCAAGCUGUCUUUGGACGAAUUCUUAGACAAAGUCAAGCACACAGAAAGCGAUAAGCUCCAGGUUCAGAUCCAGGCCUACUUGGACAACGUAUUCGACGUUGGCGCCCUCCUGGAGGAUGCAGAGACCAAAAACGCCGCCCUGGAGCGUGUGGAGGAGCUGGAAGAAAACAUGUCACAUUUGACAGAGAAGCUGCUGGAUGCCGAGAAUGAAGCCAUGGCCAAGAUAGUGGAGCUGGAGAAGCAGCUCAUGCAGACAAACAAGGAUCUAGAAGGCAUGAAGGAAGCCUACAAAGACACCAGUGGGAAGCUCCACUCACUGCGGCAGAUCUUGAAGGAGAAGGACGAGGCCAUCCAGCGGCAGAGUCACCUGGAGAAGAAGAUCCAUGAGCUGGAGAAGCAGGGCACCAUCAGGAUCCACAAAAAGGGAAACGGCGACAUCUGCAUCCUUCCGUUGUCACCGCCCAGCGGUGUGGAAGGUUUGGCGGGCACCACCGUGAGCGGAAACGGCGUUGGCGUCCACAGUCCGGGCACUCCGGGAGGCAUUGUGGGUGCUCCUGAGGCUCCUCCGCCGCCACCAUUGCUAGGGAAUGGCUCAUUGCCAAAUGGACCGUCGUCAUCCACUCCUGCACCAGCUCCUCCGCCACCACCGCCGCCUCCUCCGCCACCGCCACCGCCUCCACCCCCGCUUCCACCUUCCGCCUCAGAGAUGUUAGCCUACUUACCUCCCCCACCUCCUCCUGCUGCUCCUCCUCUGCCUGGCUGCGGGACCCCCACUGUUAUCAUGAACUCGGGUUUAGCCGAGGGACCCAUCAAACUUUUCUCUGUUAAGAUCAAGAAGCCCAUCAAAACCAAGUUCCGCAUGCCCGUCUUCAACUGGGUGGCCUUGAAACCCAACCAGAUCAACGGGACCGUCUUCAACGAGAUCGACGACGAGAGGAUACUUGAGGACCUGAACGUGGAUGAGUUUGAGGAAAUGUUUAAGACGAAAGCCCAGGGCCAGGCGGUAGAGCUGACCAUGAGCAAGCAGAUAAUUCAGAAAGGACCCAACAAGGUGACGCUGCUGGACUCCAACAGGGCAAAGAAUUUGGCCAUUACACUGAGGAAAGUGGGCAAGACGCCUGAGGAGAUCUGCAAGGCCAUUCAGCUCUUCGACCUGCGUACUCUGCCGGUGGACUUCGUGGAGUGCCUCAUGCGCUUCCAGCCCACUGAGAAUGAGGUUAAGACCUUGCGUCAGUUCGAGAAGGAGCGCAAGCCGCUGGAGAGCCUGACGGACGAGGACCGCUUCAUGAUGCAGUUCAGCAAGAUCGAGCGGCUCAUGCAGAAGAUGACCAUCAUGGCCUUCAUCGGCAACUUCACGGAGAGCAUACAGAUGCUCACGCCGCAACUCCAUGCAGUCAUAGCAGCAUCAGUGUCCAUCAAGUCAUCACAGAAGCUGAAGAAAAUUCUAGAGAUUAUUUUAGCACUCGGAAACUACAUGAACAGCAGCAAAAGAGGAGCAGUUUAUGGAUUCAAGCUGCAAAGUUUAGACCUGCUGCUCGAUACCAAGUCGACGGACCGCAAGAUAACGCUGUUGCACUACAUUGCUAAUGUGGUGAAGGAGAAAUAUACGCAGGUCUCCUUCUUCUACAACGAGCUGCACUACGUGGAGAAAGCAGCAGCAGUGUCGCUAGACAACGUCCUGCUGGAUGUGAAGGAGCUGCAGAGAGGCAUGGAGCUGACCAAGAGGGAAUACAGCAUGCAUGGCCACAACACCAUGCUCAAGGACUUUAACACGCACAACGAGAGCAAGCUGAAGAAGCUGCAGGACGACGCCAAGAUCGCGCAGGAUGCCUUCGAUGAGGCUGUGAAAUUCUAUGGGGAGAGUUCAAAAACCACGCCGCCCUCUGUCUUCUUCCCUGUGUUUGUACGCUUUGUGAAGGCUUACCGGCAAGCCGAAGAGGACAACGAGCAAAGAAAGAGGCAGCAGCAGCUUCUGAUGGAGAAACUUCUUGAACAAGAGGCUCUGAGGGAGGAAGAACAGAAGUCUCCGUCACAUAAGAACAAAAGGCAACAGCAGGAGCUGAUCCAGGAACUGCGGAAGAAGCAAGUAAAAGACAGCCGCCAUGUCUACGAAGGCAAAGACGGCGCCAUUGAGGACAUCAUCACGGUGCUGAAGACGGUGCCCUUUACCGCCCGCACCGCCAAGCGCGGCUCUCGGUUCUUCUGCGAGCCCACCCUAAAUGAGGAGUACCAUUACUAAGCUCGUAGAACACUCUCACACAAACAACAAGAUCUUCGGAAUCAGCCUUACAGGCGAGCGGACGCCGUGCGGCGAAGCGUCCGGAGACGCUUCGAUGACCAGAACCUGCGACCGCUCAACAACGGCGAGGUGGUCGUGUGACGGACGAGAGAACGGGGAAGCAGCACGUGUGUGAAGAGGACAAGGGAUGGAUCUACAACGCUGUUUGAGCAUUUUGUUUUCAUUCAUAAUUCAACGCACUGGUUGGAAGCGGUUUAUUUGACAUCCAAUUAGUGCGCGGAAUUACUAGUGAGGACAAAGGGCGCAAUGGUACAUGGACCUUAAGAUGAAUAUCGAGGAAAUGGAACAAAUGCUCAGUCAGCUUUAUGGCAAGCUGAGCAUUUGAGCAUUUAUUCUCUUUCCAUAUCGUGAUGAAGAUGACUAGUGAUGACAUAGUAGACGGAAGGACGGAAUGUUGCAAGCAGGUUUAUGAUUAUGAUUAUGUCGAUAACAUGCAAAGAAAGUCAACAUAUGACAAUACACUCUAGACACUGGUGUCUAAAUAUAAAAAUGACCUGGAUUGACUUUUUAUAGAAACAAGUGCCUAAACUUCAGUUUAAGUCUGGUUUGUGUUGAAGCAUGACAACUUGAAUUUGAAAGGCACAGACAGGAAAGAAAAAAAGUGUCGAAUGUACAGGACAUUUUAGCUGUUCAAAAACACACAGAUGACUUGGAACAGAAGUGGGGCAACUCCAUUUUUGUCAGUUCCGUGCAGAAAUUGAAUGUUGAAAAGGUGAAUGCUGGUCUCAAUAUGGUCAGUUCAAGUCACUGAGAACUAGGGUAGGCUAAAUCAAAUUUUUGUUGGUUUUAAGUUAUGACUGGCUCUAAAUCCUUGUGGUAUGUAGCAAAACGGCGUGUCAAGCAAAGAAGGCAAUAUGAUGACAAUUUAGUAGGAUUUUAUCCCCCAAAAAAUCUAUUAAAAAAAAAAAAUGCAAUAUAUGCAAUACAAAAGUGACGCGUUAAUAAGCAUGUGGGGUUUGGGGAGUCCUUUAAAAUCAUUUUCGUUUUCAAGACUUAUUUUUAACCACUUGGAAAUAAGGACAAAAAACAAAUAAAAAUUUCUCAUCUUGUAAAAUUAUGAAUUUGUAAAUGUAGUUUUUAUUUCUGUAAAGUUUUUUUUUUCUUUCCAAAUUCUUGACUUUUUGUAAAAUGUAAAAUUUUAUCUUUUUUUUUUGUAAAAUUGUUUUGUACAAUAAAUAAUUUUUUUCUUGUAAAAUUACUUUUUCUUUUGAAACUAUACCUUUAUUCCUUAUAAAAUUAUGACCUCAUACAAUUAAGACUUAUCUCUUGUGAAAUGAGAUUUUGUAUUUUGUAUGAUUUCUUGUAAAAAAUCUUAGUAUUACAAAUUCUUGUUCAGUUCCAACGCUUCCUUGUUUUCCUCCCAAAAUUCUGACUCGUUUCUUAAAAAAAAAAAAAAAUUCUGAUAAAAUGACUCCCCCUCCCCACCAAUAAAAUCCAACCUUGCACAACAUACAUAAAAUAUCAUUUGAUUUUCUAUUUCCCCCAAAGCAGUCAGAAAGUAAAGUGUACCAUCUGGAUUUGUCUUUUUUUUUUAAGAGGUAUACGAACUUAAAAUAUUUUGUGGAAAAUGUGACUGUUUUUUAUUUUUAGAGAAUGUAUUUUUGAGUACAACUGUCACGUGCUUUUCGUACAAAUUCGUACUAAAGUGGCAUGUUGUAGUUGGAUCAAGAUUGAACUUGCCUGCCAAGUGUAAGACCCGAUGAUGUCAUAACUGGAUGAUUUUUAUUUUGUAAACAUACACAUCAUUCCUACUACUGCAUCUAUCAAAUUUAUAUUUAACCACUAAAGAUUACUUUUCAUGGUUACAUCUCAAGUGUUAUAAAAAGCAGCGUAAAAGGCUUCCUAACUGUACAGGUUUUUUUUUUUUUUGCUACAAACUUAGGCGGUGAAGUCACGCAACUAGACGAUUAUUAAUAUUGUACAUAAUGUUCAAACCAUUGCCUUGUGCUCUACAACUUGAAUGUUAUUUUUUAACUUAUAGUUUCAUUGUGUAUGUGUGAUGUGUAUAUUUAACGAAGCCAAAUGCAGCCAGGAGCAAAGUUUCUUCAGAAAAGUCGACUUGGCACAUCCAAGUAUUUUUUGACAUUGAAUAAUACGGACGGACGGUGACAGCUUGUUCACAAUGACAGACUUGAUUUAUGAUCACAACUUUGUGAUGGCAAGCAUCGGUCGCUUGCUCUCUGGUUCUGUUCUCCUUCCUUCCUCCCUUCAUUACCUCCACUUUCAACAAACUGGAAUAAUACUGGCAUGUUCUAUGUUGGUUAACUUUUACCAGAAAUGUAUUUCAGCUAUUUUUGUGCUCACUGCAAAUUUAACGUUUUUUUUUUUUAGGAGACGUUACAUUUCCAAUAAAUAUGAUCAAAUAAACGA